GUGUGGGAAUGUCAACUUUGCUAGAAGAACCAGCUGUAAUAGAUGUGGCAGAGAAAAAACGACAGAAGCUAAAAUGAUGAAAGCUGGAGGGACUGAAAUAGGAAAGACGCUUGCUGAAAAGAGUCGUGGCCUCUUCAGCGCUAACGACUGGCAGUGUAAAACAUGUGGUAAUGUGAACUGGGCCAGAAGGUCAGAAUGUAAUAUGUGUAAUACUCCAAAGUACGCUAAAUUGGAGGAGAGGACAGGAUACGGAGGAGGAUUUAAUGAACGAGAGAAUGUUGAAUACAUAGAACGCGAAGAAUCAGAUGGGGAGUAUGAUGAGUUUGGACGCAAAAAGAAAAAGUAUAGAGGGAAGCCGGUUGGUCCUGCCUCUAUCCUGAAGGAAGUAGAAGAUAAGGAAUCUGAAGGGGAAGAUGAGGAGGAUGAGGAUGAAGAUCUUUCCAAAUAUAAAUUGGAUGAGGAUGAGGAUGAAGAUGAUGCUGACCUUUCAAAAUAUAAUCUUGAUGCCAGUGAAGAAGAGGACACUAAUAAGAAAAAGAAAUCCAAUAGGCGCAGUCGUUCUAAGUCUCGAUCUUCCCACUCACGAUCUUCAUCACGCUCAUCCUCUCAUUCAAGCUCAAGGUCUAGGUCCAGGUCCCAUUCAAGAAGUUCUUCCAGUUCCAGAUCAAGAUCUCGUUCCAGUUCCAGAGAACACUCUAGAUCUCGUGGGUCGAAAUCAAGAUCCAGCUCCAGGUCCUACAGGGGGUCUUCCACCCCAAGAAAAAGAUCUUACUCAAGCUCUCGUUCAUCAUCUUCCCCCGAGAGAAGCAAGAAGCGAAGUCGUUCUAGAUCUUCUUCAUCUGGUGAUCGCAAAAAAAGACGAUCGAGAUCACGGUCACCCGAAAGACGCCGCAGAUCAUCAUCUGGAUCUUCCCAUUCUGGUUCCCGUACAAGUUCUAAAAAGAAAUAACGUAUUAAAGCUCACGUUUAAAAAAAAAAGAAAAAAAAAAAAGAAAAAAAAAAAUUGCAGUCAGUGCAUGAGACAUUUUUAAGAAGUUGAUGUCUUACUUGGUCAGAAGUGCUAAAUCUGCUAGUAGAGGUGCAUGUCUGUCCUUGCUUUCUGGAAAACUGCAGCUUUGUUCAUUCAUGAAACAAAAAGUAAGGUAGCAUUUUAAGCCAUAAACUCCCCAGAGGAGGUGUGAAGUUUUAUGAUUUGAGUAAGGGAGGGUUUU